UUUUUUUUUUUUUUUUAAAUAAUAAACCAAUGUCAAACUCGUAUACCCAAUUGAGCUCUAAAAAGUCCUACAACAUAUCCGAAGCAAAGUUAAAAAGAAUAUUGGAAUACAAUGAACGGUUACGAGAACAAUUAGAAUUACCCCGCAUUCCUGUUUCUGAAGCAUCCGCAAGUCUCAUUACCUAUUGUAAUUCCACCAAAGAUCCUCUCAUCCCUUCAUUAUGGGGCCCUGUCAGUAAAGAGGAAGACCCUUUUGCGCCGGCCGCAGGAGGAAAUGGAAGAACAAGUGGUUGUUGUAUUGUCAUGUAGACAUCUUUUUAUUUUUCCUAUCACACUAACAGCACACACACAUACAUACGCACACACCCUUUUGUCUCUCUCUCUCUCUCCCAGCCUAUUUGUAAAUACAGCGGAAAUAAAAUAAUAAAAAAAAAUUAUAUAUUCUACAAA